GCGGCGCUGCCUGUUGGCCCCCGCACAUUCCACGCGCCGGGCCCGAGACAGGCCCUGAGCAGCGAUCCAGUCCCGGCCCGUCGCCUCUCGCGUAGCCAGUAAGUCGGCACGGCCGCUUGUCCACUCCCCUGCCCCCUGUCCCGACGUUAGCGCCUCUUCUCUUCCCCGCGGCGAAUCUGCGCGACCCGUCCCGCCGCUAACAUAGUUUGGGCGGUUGUCAGGGAGAAACAAGAUGGCGGCGGAGGAGGACACGGAGCUGCGGGACCUGCUGGUGCAGACGCUGGAGAGCAGCGGGGUACUCAAUAAAAUCAAGGCAGAACUACGAGCAGCUGUAUUUUUGGCACUUGAAGAGCAAGAAAAAGUAGAGAACAAAACACCCCUGGUAAAUGAAAGCUUGAAAAAGUUUCUAAGUACAAAAGAUGGUCGCUUGGUUGCUGGUCUUGUUGCAGAAUUUCUUCAGUUUUUCAAUCUUGACUUUACAUUGGCUGUUUUUCAGCCUGAAUCAAGCACACUAAAUGGGCUUGAAGGGCGAGAGAAUUUAGCCCGAGAUUUAGGAAUUAUAGAAGCAGAAGGUACUGUAGGUGGCCCCUUAUUGUUGGAAGUAGUCAGAAGAUGUCAGCAGAAAAAAGGUUCCAGUGGUGGAGAAGUUGCUCCAGUUCUGUCUGACAUGCGUUCUUCACCAAAAUCACCUGAUGGAAGAUCAAAUACACAUCCAAUAUCAAGUAAGAUACCAAGGUAUAAAGGACAUCGUAAACUGAAAAAGUGCUUGGACAAGGCUGGUGAGCAGGUUGCCGAAACCAGUCAAAGUGAUACAAGUAUUUCAUCAGGAGAAACAAAGAGCAAAAGCAGCAUUCACUUUCUUCCCAAUGAGACAAAGCUAGUUUCUCAACCACACAACAAAGACUUAAAUACCAAAGAAAAAAGUGAUCCAGCUGUAGAUGAGGAUGAUAUAGAGGGAGAUUCUUUUUUUGAUGAUCCAGUACCAAAACCGGAGAGAAACUAUGGCUGGAAAACAGAGUCCAACAAACAAGGAGGAAUCCUUGCAUCUCUUUCUGAUGCACCCCCCCUAAGGAGUGGGGUAAGCUCCCUUGCUGGAGCACCUUCACUAAAAGAGCCUGACAGUGCAAAUAGAAACUCUGUUUUGAAAGAUCUACGCUUAGUGAAUGCAAAAUUUGGAUCUCUUGAAUUAGGAACUGGAGAUGAAGAUGAGUAUGUUGAUGAUUUCAACAGUACCAGUCAUCGCUCAGAAAAAAGUGACAUCAGUAUUGGUGAAGAAAUAGAAGAAAUUUCUGUGGAAACAGAAGAUUUGAAUGCCAGUGAUAAACUUGAAGACCUCACACAAGAUCUUACCAUUUCUCAGUUAAGUGAUGUUGAUGCUGCAGAUUAUAUAGAGGAUGUGGCAUAGAACUGGACAGUAGAGGUGUUUCAAGUGCUGGAUUGAGGACUCUUGUGGACUGCUAUUUUCAGACAAUCAUUCUUUGCUGGAAUGUCUGUUCCCUAUUUGUGCCUUGUGUUUCAGAAAGACUGGAGAUGUAGAGAGCUCUUAUAAAAUCAUAGCAGGAACUGAAUGAAAUAGUUCAUUCCA